GCAUCUCAGCAAAUCGUUGUCCAGUCUAUGCUUGAAUAUCAGGAACAGAAACUGCCUCCUGUGGUAGCCAUGACAGAGCUCUGUCAGAAAGUCUUUUCUUACACUGAUCUCCAGCAGUCUCCUCCUGAACCUGAUUUCCUGUAGCUUUCACCAAAUUGUAUUUGCACAGAAUGAUUUCCAUAAUUUCAACAACCUACAUCAACUCUCUUGUUCAAACUGCUUUUUAAGAGUAUCACAUUUCUCCCCUCUGGAUUGUUUCUCAAAUGGAACAUAACUAGCUUUACAUAGAAAGAUUUCAUUCAUUCAUCUAUUCUAAAGCGAUCAGUUGAGUGCUAACACAUGUCUGGCAUGGAGGCCAGCAAUAGUGGGACCCACAGAAGAAACAAGAGAAGGAGUCCAUCUGGGGAGAUAAAAAUACUCAUCAGAUCGGACGAUGACAGCCACAUAGGAUCCACAGAGAGAGAGCUGGAGCAGAGUAUGCUGAGAUCAAAAUGAUGGGUUGGGAGCAUUCUAAGGGUUCCAAGCAGAUGAUACAUCUGAGGGUCUGGGAAUACAGAGAGUAGGGAGUCCAGGGAGGCUCCCCUAGGAAGUGAGAUUUGAGAUGAGCUUAGAGAAUGGCAACAUAAGCCCCUGGUCAAACCACCCUGAUAAGCAGGCUCUGAGAGAGGACUCAACCAAGCCGCUAGGGAGGGGCUUAGUGAGGCUGGAGGAAGUUAGAGGGUGGCCACUUAGGGUGAGAAUUAUUUCCCUCUCCUCAGGACUGCCAGUCAGUCACUCUUGCCAGGAGCCUCCUCACAGCUUGUCCUAACCUCACUCUUGGGGACUGACCCGCUGACGCCUCCUGGGGCACGUGCUGCUGACAUGGCGGUCCUUCUCUGGCUGCUCCCUCUCCUGCUGCUCCUUGAAGCCAAAGGGGACUCUGGAGAUGAUGUGAAUCCUGAGGAAGUAGCAGCGGUCCUCCAGGGACCUGCUAGCCUCUCCCUGGAAAUACCGUCUGAUGAAGAUGUUGAGCGCAUCAUCUGGUACUUUCACAAGCCACUUGCUACCGUGGUGCCAGGGAAAGACGGACAUCCAGCUACCAUCAGAGUGACCAACCCACAGUUUGAGAACCGACUGAGCUGGCUGGACACCAGCCACACCCUGCUCAUCAGGAAUCUGAGCUGGGCGGACUCCGGCCUUUACCAAGCUCAAGUCUACCUGGGAACAUCACAGCUCUCUACCAUGCAGUACUACGAUCUACGUAUCUACCAAUGGCUGUCGGAGCCCCAAAUCACAGUGAACUUUGAGAUCUCCAGGGAAGGUCCCUGUAACAUGUCCCUGACAUGCUUCGUAAAGGCGGACAUGGACGUGACCUACAGCUGGUUUUCCUCGGGGGACAGCACCGAUACAAACCAUGAGGGCCCCGUCCUUAGAACAUCCUGGAGGCCCGGGGACAGCGCCCUCUUGUACACCUGCAGGGCCAGCAACCCCAUCAGCAGCAUCAGGUCCCGUCCUAUCUCUGCAGGACACUUCUGUGCAGAUCCUGGCUAUUCUGAGAAGCCCUCAACACCCUUCUGCCUCCUGGCCAAGGGACUUCUCCUCCUCUUGCUCUUGGUAAUUCUGGCUGUGGGACUCUGGGUCGUCCGGGUCGUCCGAGUCCAGAAAAAAAAACAAAUGCCCAAGAUGAAGAAACUCAAGAGGAACAGAAUGGAACUGAGGAAGAGGGAGAAGCCUGGCCUCAGCCUACCCUGACUGUCCCUCGGGGACUCCUGUCCUGAACUUUGUUUCUUUCCAGCUCUCAGGAAAGUGUGCCUCAUCUCUCCUCCUCCCAGGGACUCAGUUAGGGGGUGGGGGGCCGGGUCGUCCACAGGGCCAUACUCCGCGAGGGAAGACUGUCAGGAAAUAAAGUCAAAUUAAGCGAC